AGGCGUGUUUACAUUGUAUUUGUAACGUGAAUAUGCUCUAGUUCGAAUGAGUUAUGUGUCUGCACUCAGGAAAUCCCAAAGACUUCUCUGUAUUGGAGGCCAUCUAGUCAGAAGGGGGAUUAUAAAUAAGAUGUCGUCCGGGAGUGAUGCAACUGCUGGAAUCAUCGUGAUUGGCGAUGAGAUCCUGAAAGGACAGACGUUGGACACUAAUUCUCACUUUCUCAGCAAGCAUUUGUUUUCACUUGGAGUGAAAGUUCAGCGAGUGUCAGUGAUUCCUGACGACCUGGAAGUCAUAGCGAAGGAAGUUAGAGAAUUUUCGUCGAAGUAUACAUAUGUGCUGACAUCUGGUGGCAUUGGACCAACUCAUGAUGACAUGACUUCAGAGGGUAUAGCGAUGGCGUUCGGGGAGGAGGUGAAACCUCACGCGGAACUAGUGAAGCUCGUGAGGCAAUUCUUCGGCGACGUCAGCAUGGAUUCACCAGAGAUGAAACUAGCGCACGUGCCAGAGUCAGCGCAGCUAAGGUAUGGCGUUCACCCGAUCACCGGCAAGACGGCCCCGUAUCCUCUCGUCACAGUCAGGAAUGUCUACUUGUUUCCCGGCAUUCCUCAUCUACUGGAGCGUAACUUUGCCAAUGUGGAACACUUGUUUCGCAACGAGGCCGUACAGUUUCACGUGAGACAGAUGUUCCUGGCCCAGGAUGAGAUGUCCAUCGCCGGCAUGAUCUCCAAAGUAAACAAGCAAUACAAAGAUAGGGUUGAUUUGGGGUCUUACCCGAAGCUAGACAACAGCUACUACCAGGUCAAGCUGACGAUACAGGGGAAAACGACAGAGAUAGUGGACGAGGUAUACAACCACCUAGCAUCCUUGUUUCCACCGGAGAUCCUGCUGGACUACGACGUUGAUCCCGUCGCUCACGCCGCAGACAAGGUCUACGCGCUCGCCGACACGUUCCCGCACGCACGCCACGCACUAGACGUCAUCGAAGAAUGCUUCGAUAGAUACAGUCUCGAGGAAGUGUGUCUGAGUUUCAACGGAGGAAAAGAUUGCACCGUCCUUCUACAUCUAAUGCAUGCCGUCAUGCAAAGGAGGUAUCCGGGCAACCGCGCGGGGAUGCCGCUGCUAUACGUGAGAUGUGAUCUUCCGUUCCCAGAGGUAGAGCAGUUCAUUCACGAGUCCGCUGACAGGCAGCAGCAGUCAGAGCAACCAGCAUCAGGAGUUGAAGGCCGAUAUCAUGGGCACACGUCGCAGCCGAUCUCCAGGGCUGCUGACCAUGAGGCAUUCAUGAUGACCGAUGCUGGAUGGCCGCAGUUCAUGCGAGUGCAGCCGAUCAUGGACUGGACGUACGAAGACAUCUGGAAGUUUCUGCGACAGCUGUGUGUGCCCUACUGCAGUCUCUACGAUAAAGGAUACACGUCUCUGGGAAGCAUGCACAACACGCAUCCAAACUCACAACUCAAGUACAUGGACCAGGACAUGGUGAAGUACAGGCCAGCGUACAAGUUGAAGGAUGCCAGCCAGGAGAGAACAAAUCGCUUCUGACAACCCCUGACACCCCCUGCCUUCCACCAACUUCCCACCAGUCUUCCUUCCACCC